GUCAGGUCUUGUGCAACAGGAGGGGCGUUUUCUCUCACGAAAAAUUGAGGUAGUGGUGGACCUUUGAUGAUCCCUCCAGCAUUCCUUUCAUCUUCCUGAGUUGCACCGCGUAAAAGAAGGGGCAGUGUGUCACUGAACUUGUGUGCACGUUGAUUUCCGGCAUGGCAGCCUGGACCUGUUCUGCCUGUACAUUUGAGAACGAGGGAGGUGCUCGCUGCGAAGUCUGCGGGACGCCAAACCCUUCGGUAGAAAAGAAGUGUCAAAAGUGCGAGGAGUUGAACAAAGGCCGGGACAAUGCCUGGGACUUCACUCUAUGCAGGGAGUGCAGAGGAAAAUCGGCUGAAGAGGAAGCUGCCGCCCCAGAGCCUGUUCCCACCAUCUCCAAGCACGGCCUCUGCAUGCUAUGCUACUCGCGCGUGCGACUCAAGCGCGCCGUCACAAUCCCUGAGUGCAAUGACACUUUCUGCCGCCCCUGCUUCAAAAAGUGGGUGGAGGCAAGGGUGGUGCCAAUCCCCUUUGCAAAUGUGGCUACUCAUGGUGAUGUCUUCCGCCUAACGUGUCCUCUUGAGAGUUGCGAGACCCCGCUGAGCUGGCGCGACGCCGAGGCGGCCGUCGGCAUCCAGUCGAUGCGGCGGUUUGGGGAGUGGCAGGCGGAGGCACUGACGCACCUCUACACCGCGAUACCCGACGCCCCGUCAGAUGCAGGGACGGCUCAGUUUGCGGGGGCUCCCGCUAACUUGGGGCCGCGGUGUGAGCGCACGUUUUGCAGCAACGCCGCCUGCCGGCUCCGGACGAGCACGCAGACGUGCGUGGCGGAGGCGGACCUUCACCUGUGGUCGAUGCAAGAGAUUGCAAAGGCCCUGAAAGCCAACGGCAUACCCUGCCCCGACAGCCGUGACGAAGGCGCCCAGCGCCUUGCCAGUUAUCUCGGCAUCCCCCUCCAACCUCCCCCCCCGUUUGAAGUCGCCACCCCCACGACACCUGCAAACACCGGCCCCCCAUCAAUAGAGUCGAAAGACAAAGGCCCCGAGACCGCGCUUCCGAACGAUCAGUCGAUCCUGCCCCAGGCGCCGCCCCUGCCGAGCAUGACGUCAGCGGAGCGGCACGUGUGGCACUUUUGCACGUCGUGCGCGGCGAGGGUGUGCAACGCGUGCGGGUACCGGGAUGACGGGCGCAGCAAAAGCAACGGGGCGAGUACGUCAAACGGCGGUCAUCCGGGCACGUGCAGCCAAUGGCAAUCGUGGGCGGUGUUCCAUGCCCUUCGGCGGCUCGACUUCGAGUGGGACAAAUACCCGGAAGUUUACGCCAACUGGCCGCGCAACAAGGCGGAAAAGGGCGACGUCGGAGUGGGCAGCGUGGAGAAGACGGUCGCCAAGCGGGAUGCGGAGCGGGGGGCGGGGGCGGUCUGGGCAAAAGGAACGGGCUAUGGUGGCGACGACGAUCGCAGCGCUUUCUACGGCAGCGGUCACUACACGCGUCACCACUUCGUCACACUGAAGCAAGGCGAGCUCCUGGAAAGGAGCACCGGGGACUCAGCAAUCGAGCCGGUCGCGGAGUUGCUGGUCCAAUCGUUGGAGCUCUCCGCAAGCAGAGACCGCUUCGGCGCCCCUAUCGCCUCGUCCCCCUCCCCAGACGGCCCCUUCUCCGAGCCCGCCCCUCUCCCCCUUGGCGCGUGCUCCCUCCUGCGCCAGUCCCGGCCUUUCCGGCGCCUCCUGCAAUUUGGCCUCCAAUCUCACCCCCUCGGAUUCUGGAACACCGGCACCGGCAACCCCUUCGACUUCGGCAAAGGCCGCUCCGCGCUGCCACGUCACUACCUCAUGCUCCUGCGCCAGCUGGCGGGCGACGCCGGCACGCGCGGGCUGCUCUUCUCGGACCUCUUCACGACGAAAGCCGCGGCGAGCACCACCGCGGGGAGCCGGCUGAUCGCGGCGCUCGUCGAGCUCAACUCCGACGUUUCGAAAAGCGGGCGGUCCGUCGGGCGCACGAUCCGGAACGCGUUUUUCGGUCGCGGCGGGGGGGCCGGCUCGUCGUCCGUCGCGGUCGCGGGCCCGAGCGCGUCGCCGGAUGCUGGCGGCGACCUGACUAACGUCAUCAAGGGGACGUACGCGUACCUGUGGGGGAGUGAGGAGUGGACGGACUCCGAGGCCGCGUGGAAGCGGAAGCAGGAGAAGGAUGACGACAGCGAUGACGAGGGCGAGGGGAUGGAGGAGGCGGACGCGGGCGACGGCGCGGCGAGCGCGAGGCGGGACGCGGAGAAGGAGGCGUACAAGGCGGCGCUCAAGCCGAAGCAGUUUCUGGAAGCGCCGAUCAGCAGUGGCCACUACUUCUCCCGGCAAGGCGCGUCCUCGAGUUCCGGGGGCGGCGCGGCGGCUCUGCCGCAGCACCAGAAGCACGUGAUGAAGGAACUGGCCAACCUGGCGGAGUCGCUGCCGCUCGAGUGGGAUUCGUCCAUCCACAUCAGAGUGGACCCCCACCAGACGCACGUCCUCAAGGCGCUCAUCCUGGCCCCCGCCGAGACCCCAUACGCCAACGGCGCCUUUCUCUUUGACGUGCUCCUUCCGCCAAACUACCCCGCCGUCGCGCCGAAAUUCCAGCUGCUCACAACCGGGGGGGGGUCCGUGCGGUUCAACCCGAACCUGUACGAGUGCGGCAAAGUGUGCCUCAGUUUGUUGGGCACGUGGUCGGGCCCCGGGUGGAAGCCGUUCGAGUCGACGCUGCUCCAAGUGCUCGUGUCCAUCCAGUCGUUCAUCUUUGUCGCGGAGCCCUACUACAAUGAGCCAGGCCACGAGCUGCACCUUCAGGCCGCCAUGUCGCAGCAGUACAACGCCAACAUCCGGCGGCACUGCCUCCAGCAGGCGAUCCUCAACCAGCUGCGCAAGCCGCCCCCCGCCUUUGCUGACGUCAUCGCCGAGCACUUCGCGCGCAAGAGGCGCGAGAUCGAGGAGCAGUGCGCGACGUGGAUCAUGGAGAGCGACACGCUGGUCGGGGGGGACAUAACGCGGGUCGCCGGGGAGCUCAAGCAGGAGUUCAAGACGCGGUUUGGGCCGCUGCCGGAGCCGGGGAGACCGGGGGACGGCCUGCCCGGGAGGCCCGAGCCUUCGGAAGAGAGGGCCGUGAAGAGGCAAAACUUCGGGAAGUGAUGCGAGACCUGGCUUGGUGAUAAAAGGUGCUGUUUUCACGCAGGCGAGAAGCGAGUUUAUGUAUGACGAGAUCAGGUUAACGGUGGGCUUCUAGCGUGCGAGAUUUUGUGUCGGUGGAUAAAUUCGAUGAAGUUGAGUCUGGUUCAAACCUCAGCAGGGGGUGAUGGGGGUUAGGAAGGUCAGAAUAGCCAAGCUAUGAUUUGACUAUGUCUCUUAGUUCCUGGAAACCGCACGUCUUUUAAGGUUUAAGUUGGCCCUCAAUCGGAAUGCGCCAUGCAACAGUGCAGUGUUGAUCGGAGCACACCGCGGAAGCUUCAUGGAACUAUGUCGGCGAUGGGAUGGAAAAAACGGG